CGUCGCAAUAUAUUGCAUCUAGCAACUAUGGGCAGGGAGACGGUGAGUGUCAUCUCUUGAAUUCGCCCGAAAUGUGCGGAUCGUCCCCAGCUCUGCUUUACGGUAUGUGGUCGGUGAUGUGAAAUUUUGACCAGUACUUUGUUAAUUUUACAAGUGUGAUAUGGCUCAGGCAUAUGACAACUAUUAUAAUGAUUAUCACAAGAAUGCUGAAUUACAGCAAAAUUUGAAGUACAAGAAGAAGUACCGGAAACUCAAGAGAAUCGUGAAGAAUACUGUAUUCGAGAAUGCAGCACUGUGUGAUCAAGUAGCACACAUGCAAGAGAAUUUGAUGGUUGUCAAAGAAGAGAGACUGUUCCUUUUACGCAAGUUAUGUCAACAACAUGGAGAAAUGGAAUCUAGCUCUAUGAUAGCUCGUUCACAAUCAAAUGUUAAUUCACCAUCAUUUAAUCCAGAAUGUGUUACAUCUAAGAAGACAGUCAAGAAAAGAACCUCCAUAGAUGGUUCAGAGACAAAAAGCAAGACAAAAAGAUACAACAAAACUGCCAGAAGAGUAGUACAAUUGAUUCCACUAGAUGUGCACGGAAGGCCAAUAUUUCCCAUAGCUUUAGGAGACCUUACGAUAUAUUCUCUUGGUGAAGUGGUAUCAGAUAGAAUUACAUAUCACACAGAGGAUCUCAUCUUUCCAGUAGGCUACUGUAGUACCAGAGUGUAUGCUAACUUACGAGAUCCGCGAACCAAGAGUUUAUAUACUUGUAAAAUACUAGAUGGUGGUCCAAAACCUAGAUUCGAAAUAGUAUCCGAUAACGACUUAGAUCAACCAUUAGUGGGAUCCAGCCCUGACGAAUGUCACUUGAAAUUGUUGGCAGCAAUUUCUCUGGCACUUCGCUCAAUAAUACCAAAAGGUGCUGAUUUCUUUGGGAUUUCUCAUCCUACCAUACAGAAUUUGAUACAAAGUUCUCCAGGAACACGUAAAUUGGCCAUAUAUAAACAGCAACGUUUUGAAGUAAGCAAAAAUCAAAUGAUCGAUCGAGCUGCAAGUCCAAUAACGGAAGUGGAAACUGAUCCAGGAUUAGGUUUUGCGGCAUUACAUAGACAUUAUGCGUUGAAUUCUUAUAGAACGAAAGAAGAACCUUCGGACCACGAUCUGCUAGCGUUGCAAGAUCUUCUCGCGUGAUCGUGAAUAUUAAUACCGAUGAUUAAUUCAUACCGAUUGAUUAAUACCGAUGAUUUAUUUUGUCGUUAAAAGUAGAUGAAACUAAUAUCUCAAAUCAAAACGUCCAGUGUGUUGUUAAUGAUUUCUUAAUUCUUAAAUCGUUGAUACAAACAGAAUAUUUUUUUUCAAUAUUUAUGUAAUAUUUAUUUAAGCCAUAAUGUAUAAAAUGAUUGAUUUCAUGACAAAAGUAGUAAAUAUUAGCUGCCUAGCAAUAUUAUAUAAAUUGAAAUGUUCUUAUUAUACAUUAUUAGCAUUAGUAUUUUAUCGUUAUGUUCACGACAAUUUUUCGUUUGUCUUAAUUUCAUUUUUUCGAAUGAAUCCUAUGAACAAUAUAUGAAUGAUAUGUAUGGCACAAUAUAUAUCAAUAUCAACAGAUUCGAUUGACCAAAAUGUCUGUCGGCGUCUAUGCAUAAUAUAUAGUUUUCUUUUU